AUGGUCUGGCCAGCGCUACUGUUUAUGUUGAUCGGCUGCUGCUCGAUCAGGCUGCUGCCCGGUGCUGCUGCGGCGGAACAUCAUAACAUGUCACACACGAAAGACUGUACCCGCUUUCACGAGCAAUGUGUCCGCUGCACCGAAACUGGCUGUAUCAAAUGUACGGAGGUGCUUCGCAUCGAUACCGGCGAAUGUCUGUCCGAAUGUCCGAGCGGUUACGGUGCGCAAUGGUCUACGAGCAGCGAGUUUAUGGGCCUGGUUUGCCAUCCGGUGGGAAUGUCCGGUUCGUUCAUGGCCGCUAUUGUCGGGAUCGUCGCCGGUGCCAUUCUGUGCGUGGUGUUGAUCGUGGGCGUCCUGGCCGUACUGAGGCGCCGCCAAAAGCGGAAAAAGUAUCGCGAAUCGUUCAUCGAUGAAAAUAUCGAUCGGCUUGAGUUUCUGCGACAGCUCGAAGAGCUACGACCGCAGGCAGAAUACUUCCUGCAGAUGUUGAACGACACUAGGCGGCAGAUACGCAAACUGCAUCUGGCCGGUGACAGUGCCGGUGCUGCCACGUACCAUCCGGUCGUGCGCGAUCUGGCCAAGAUACUGAUUCUGCUCAACAAACCGAUCGAGCUGAUCAAUGCGCCACCCCACGACUGGCAACGGUUGUACGUGUGGGCUGAGCGGGUGCUCGAUCGCUACAAGCCAGAGUUGGCACAGCUGAUCGAGUUCUUGCAGCAACCAUCUGCCUCGGAUCCGCGGCUCGGUUCGUCGGACCAUUCCACCUUCAAGUCGGCGUACCAUCAGCACGCGCCAGGAACGAAUCUGUCGCCCAGUCUGAGCCAGAAGAACGAGCGCAACUUGCUGCAGCCGGAAUUGAUUCAGCUGCAGAAGCAUCGCACUCUGCCGACGAUGCAAACGACGCACCAUUUCCUGGGCUCGCUGAUCAGUUUGCACGAGUUUGACGAACGAUCGUCACACACGACUGACACCAGCUCCAACCAUCAUUCCACGACUGGAGUUGUCAGUGGGAGUGGCGGAGGUGGUGGUGGUGGUGGCAAUAACCCGUUCGAUGAUACGUUCGAUCACGUCCGUACCUAUCUGUCCACGUCCGGUAUGAACGACAGUUCGCUCUGGUUGCAGGAUGAGUUCUUUAAGCUGGGCUUUCGGCCCCAAGAUGAGAUCACAACCGAACUCUGA